AACGCGUAUUCAUUCUCUGGCACUGACAACUUGACAAGGUCGAGUUUUGCUAAAAAGAAACACAAUUCAUUGUAGCCCCUUCAUCAGUGUCCACUGAGGAAUUUUCUGGUGAUGUGGCAGGUCUGUAGCAGUAACCAGUCUAUGACAGCCCUCUCUAUAGAUACGAGCAGAACCGUAUAUCUACAACAAGAUCACAAUGUCCUCAUACAAAAGAAAAACUGAAACCAAAGAGAAAGAAUUUGAAGAAAUCAAGACAGAAAAUGACAAAACAUACUUUUUACUAAAUAAUGGAAACAUAACCAAAGAAAGUUUGAAUGUAACCAGUGCCCAGCGGAGUGAUGAUUCUAAUGAUAGUGAAGAAAUUGCUCAGUGGAACUAUGAUUCUGAUGACAAUGAAUCCGUUGCGCAGUGGAAUGACGAUUCUGAUGAUACUGAAUCCCUUGCCCAGUGGAAUGAUUCAGAUGAUAGUGAAGCCAACGAAGAACGUGGUGUCAAGUCAGAUGCUACUAAACGUCCAUUAAUUGGUGAUCAUGAAACUCAAGAGUCAGAAGGUGGAGAAGUUAAUCUACACAAACAUCGCGAUGAUUGUAAGAAGAAUCCAGGUCAUAUGCAGUUUAUACCUGUUGAUACAUUCACUUUGAAUGAUUUACCCAAAGAAUAUCAAGACAAUGAUUUGUAUGAAUUCCUCAAAGUUAUAGCUGAUCUGACAGUUAGAAUAAAUGUUGAAAUAACAAGCCCAGAUAGACCAGAGUUUUGGCCAGAGACAACCCAACCAUAUCCAUUUUAUAAAACAAGUAAGCCAGAAAACUUGAGGACAGGAAGUGGAAUUGUAAGGCAUGUAACCAAGUUUCAAGAUGGAGUGAGGCAAGAUGGAUAUAUCGGACCUACUGUCUACAAAAAGUGUUGGUGUAAAAAAUGUGAAGGUUCAGACUCAGCCAGCAGCGUGUGGUGGGAAAUUGAUGUGAACACAGCCACACAUGUGGUUUUUGAUGACAUAGAGGCCAGCCACACGAUCUUGAGAUUGUUUUUUGAUAGAGAAAACUGUGACAAGGUCGUUGUGGAUACUGUCAGUGUUCAAUAUUUUAACAUUGAGUAUGACAUGUGUGGGUUGAAAUGUGUGACAUGCGACGAGAAUUUAGGAAAGAAACUGAUAGAAAUGUGGAAAGAUUAUGAAAUUAUUCAUGGGAAAGUCUUUAACAAAUACAAAAGCGCUAGCGUAGAGAAUACAAGCCAGGGUGUGGAGUUUAAGUUAAACUUUAUAGUGUCCCAUCCUCAUGGAUGUUCUAAACAGGUCAGUGUUGGUGAAUGGAAGGACAGACUAGAGGUGGGUGAAGAUAGGGCGAAGUUUACUUAUACAACUUGUACAUGUCCAGGAAGUAGUGGAGCACAUGUCAUCUGUCUGGGGUAUAAUGAUGACUGGUUGUCCGAUCUUGUCCACAGUGGGACUUUAGAUUCUAAAAUAAAUUACAGUGGAGUUGGUUUGUUCUGAAAGUCAUGAAACAAUACAAUAUUUAAUUUCCACUGGAUUCGAUUUUUGUAUAUUAUUUUGUAUAUUAUUAUUUAUUCUUUGUACCCAGAAACAGUGUCAAAAAGGAAAAAAAAUCUUGCCUUUAAACAAUUGGUGAAAGUUCUCUGCAUUUCCUUGUCAAAGUUUUGCAAAUUUUCCCGCUUUUAACGUGUUGCUUUGGAUUCGGUUAACUGCGUUUAUAACGUAUUGAUGUUAAUCAGGGGCGGACUGGCUACAUGGGCAUUCGGGCAAAUGUCCGGUGGGCUGGUACCCAAUUGGCCGGUUGGUCCACCGAAAGAGCCGCAUUAAUGCCAGUAAAAUGUUUUAAGAUUUUAUUAUACUCUCUAUCAAAGCGACACUUAGAGCGUCGUGAUUUAAAAAAAAAACUUUUACUCUUUAAAGUCUAGUACUAAUCUAAAGCAUUGUCGUAAAUCCCCUAUAUCCGUAUAUAGUGCUUCUUUAUACACACUAAACGAUAAACAAGAAACUUAGGGCUCAUAUUUCUCAUAAAGAUCGACGUUAGUGUGAAUAUAUUCGGAUGAGUCUAAAAAGAGACCAACAACAACGUUCCCAUUCCUAUAGAUGACAUGACCAGUCGCAUACGAAUUUUUAUUGGCUUGAUGGAGUUGUCACAUGAUCUAGAAUUGUCUACGAAGUCCUUCAUAAAUUACAAUUAUUAUCUUGAACAAUUUAGCAAUGCGUGAAUUGGAAUAAAAAUGCAGAAGAAUAGAAAAAAAAAAGAA